AUGGAGAGCCUGGCUAGUUUCUCCCACACGCAUCCGCUCAUUCCAGCUCCGUCGAAUUCUGUCUUUGCAAGCUUGCAUCGCAGGACUCGCACGGCCGACUCAGCCAGCUCGGUUGUCACCAAGACCCUGGAAACCAGGGACGCUGCAGCCCGAGACGCAAAGAGAUUCCUUCUCCAGGUCGUCCGCAGUGACUGGACCUAUCCGCCGCUGGAAACAGACCCUGCGAAGACUGCUGAAGACGCAGCGGCGGUCUCGGAGGAGUCGCGUGAUAUUAUAGGAUGGAGGCAUCGUGAGCAGGAGAACUCAGGUUCUGACGCGGACGAUGGACAUGGAGGUCCUGAGGGGAUUGAUCCAUAUCGCUUCGACUCGCCUGAUGCCGUUGCGCGGGGUGUAUCGGACCGGCGGAGAAAGCGUCGCAAGAUAAUUGAAGAUGAGAUGAAAUGGAAUGAGGGCUUGAAUCUCUGGAUGGCACGACGGGACGCGUGGACAGGUGCAAAGGUCCCCGAGCCACCGUCCGCACCGGCUGUGACUGGUACCAAAGCGGAAUUGGAGACAUAUCGACAGUCCCUUAGCAGUGAAGAGAGCUACAGUGGGAGCUACGAUACAGACCUGGUUGAUACAGAGUCGCAGUAUACGCUAUCCAGGCCGGCAUCAAACGCCUCGGCGUCUGCUCAUGUUAAAAAACCACCUACAUCGGUGACCGUUACCGCACCUCCGGAGGACGAGAUAGAGUGUAUCACCGUCUCGUUGGAUAAGAAAGCAACCUUAGACCCUCCAGUCACCACCAACCAAACCACCCCAGAGGUUGACGAUGAGUGUCUAAUACCCGUCAUGGGCCCCUUGGUACCUGACUCCAACCUGCUGCGUGCAGCCAUAACUCCCAACGUCUAUCCUGCAAUAUACAGCCGGCUCGUCGUUCAAUCAAACACGCCUGCCGUGCCCAUAAACCUCGCCCACAUGACCCGCGCUCUCGUCCAAGGAUGGAAAACAAACGGCGAAUGGCCCCCAAAGCCGACGCCCUGCAGAGACGUGCCUGUCAUUAAACGGCCAAAGGCAGUUAACAACGAGGCGAACGAACUCAAAGAUGGUAAAGGAAGGAGGUUGUCUGGAGUUAGCAAUGCGGUUAAGAAGGUACUGGGUUUAUCUUCUUUUAACUCGGGGAAUAGGCUGCAUAUUCGCUCAAACAGCCAUAGUGGUUCUAUGUCCAGGCCGGCAACAGACGAAGGUGCUUGA